CAUUUUUACAAUGUCAUAAUCUUUUGUUAUAUCUUUUAGUGCCAGCAGGAUGGUUCGCUACUCACUGGACCCUGAGAAUCCGACAAAGUCUGCAAAGGCGAAGGGUUCUCAUCUCCGGGUUCACUUUAAGAAUACCCGUGAAACUGCCCAAGCCAUUAAAAGGAUGCACUUGAGGAGGGCUAUCCGCUAUUUGAAGAAUGUGGUAGAGAAAAAGGAGAUCAUUCCCUUCAGAAGGUUCAAUGGUGGCGUUGGAAGACAUGCUCAGGCCAAGCAGUUUGGAAGCACCCAGGGUCGCUGGCCUAAAAAGAGUGCUGAAUUUCUGCUGCAGCUGUUGAAGAAUGCUGAGAGCAAUGCUGAAUUCAAGGGGUUAGACACAGAUCAUCUGGUUGUUGAGCAUAUCCAGGUGAACCGUGCCCCACAGAUGAGGCGUAGAACAUACAGAGCUCAUGGUCGCAUUAAUCCUUACAUGAGCAGUCCAUGCCACAUUGAGGUUAUUUUGGCUGAGCGUGAGCAGGCAGUAGCCAAGACAGCAGAAGAAGAAACCACGAAAAAGAAGGAAUCUAAAAAGAAGUUAAAGAAGCAAAAAAUGAUGAUGAGAGACUAAAUACAUGAGAUGUAAAUAAUGAACACCAAGAGACUUUUCCUAAAAAGAAAUAAAAUAAGAUUUAUGGAAGCAAGA